UAUUUCAUUUAUUAUUUUGUCUUUAUCACACACAAUAAUUAUAUAUAUUGCAAUACAAGAAUGUGCGGUUAAUAAAACAAAAGGAAAAUCAUAUUCAACUGAAUUGUCAACAAGGCAAAUUACAUAAGAAUAGCAGGUAGACGAGCAACAAACUGCGCCGCCAUUUAUUUUCUAGUUUUUUUGCUAUCUAACUACUUCCUCAAAUGUUUUGGAUUUGUUUAUGUAGGGUUUGACUCCACGUUUAAAGUCAAUAAGCAAAGCAUUUGACGAUAUGUUGGAGUCCAUAAUAGUUGACCAUGAACAAGACAAUCAAACCAGAAUUCAUGGACCUGAUACCAUGGAUUUCAUUGACACAUUAUUGUCAAUAAAAUCCAAAUAUUCCGAUACGAGCAAUGAUAUAACCCAUGCAAUAGAUAGGUCAACCAUGAAAGCAAUUCUGAUUGACUUAAUAGUUGGCGCAAUCGAUGCUUCGGUAACUUCCAUCGAAUGGGUUUUGUCUGUACUCAUUCGACAUCCUAGAGUAAUGAAGAAGCUUCAACAAGAGUUGAUAGAAGUUGUUGGAAAUAAGAGGUUUGUGGAUGAGAGCAAUUUGACAGAGUUACAUUACUUACACAUGGUGAUCAAGGAAACAUUUCGGUUAUAUCCAACCGCGCCAUUACUGGUUCCACGCGAAUCUAUAAAAGAUGUAUCCAUUAACGGGUACGACAUACCUAAAAAGACACUAAUACUUGUUAACUUUUGGGCAUUUGGACGUGACUCCAAAGUUUGGUCCGAGAAUUGUGACGAGUUUCUUCCAGAAAGGUUUGUUGAUAAAGCGAUUGACCUUCGUGGCCAAGAUUUUGAGCUUAUCCCAUUUGGAUCUGGUAGAAGAGGAUGUCCAGGAAUAAAUUUGGGAUUAGCUAACACUGGUUUGGUAGUUUCGAAUUUGGUUCAUUCCUUCAAUUGGGAUCUACUAAAUGGUUUGUCGCCUGUUGACUUAGACAUGAGUGAGAAGUUCGGUUUGAGCAUGCCGAGAGCCAACCCCUUACUUGCCGUACCAACAUAUCGCCUAUAAACAAACAGUAGGAUAACUAAGAUCCUCUUGAUGAAUUCCAGGGAAUUUAAUAGUAAUGAAUAAUUCAUAUGUGUUUCCUAUUGCUUCUGUAUCUAGCUGGCAAUAGAUAUCUAUAUAAGACACGAUUAGAUCUGUUUACUGAAAAAGUACAUAACAUGAUUUUUUUUACUUUU